AUGGGUUCCUGCAUGUCUAGCAUGUCCGGCAAGGACAAGAAGAUGAAGCGCACCGACACCAACCGCAGCGGCAAGGGCAACAACGAGCUCCACCGAACCACUUCCUCCUACCAGGGCUCCGUCGCCGAAGGCAUGCGCUACUCGGACCGCGGAGGCGCCGAGCGCGACAGGCUCACCGCAUCCCAGCUCCACAAGUCAAAGACGCUCGAGGAGAGAAUCAAGCAGGCAGAGAGGGAGAACCGCGCGCGGGGUCACUAG